AUGCAGCGCUCGCGCCCGCCGGAGGGAAAAGGAUGGAGGAAGGAAGGAGACGCGCCCUCAAAGGACCAGCAGGACCUAGAAGCACGCACUGCCUCCCAGUACCCAACAACCCCCCGCCCCGACCCGUCCCCGGCAGCGCGCAGGCGCGGGCGCUCCUCGCCCCCUCCCUUCUGGGGGCCGCCCUUUCACCCUGGCAACCGCGGCGCGACGGCGGCGCGCGCGGGCUGGGAAGCUCUGCAAAGGAUCAUUUCAACUUUGGCAAAUAAAAAUGAUGAAAUUCAGAACUUUAUUGAUACACUAAACCAAACACUAAAAGGAGUUCAGGAAAAUUCUUCUAACGUACUUUCAGAGUUAGAUGAAGAAUUUGAUAGUUUAUACUCUAUAUUGGAUGAGGUGAAAGAAAGUAUGAUUAACAGUAUCAAGCAGGAACAAGCUCGUAAAUCACAAGAGUUACAGAGUCAGCUUAGUCAAUGUAAUAAUGCCCUGGAGAACUCAGAAGAAUUAUUAGAAUUUGCAACACGGUCAUUAGAUAUAAAGGAACCUGAAGAAUUUUCAAAGGCUGCCAGACAGAUCAAGGAUAGAGUGACAAUGGCUUCAGCCUUUCGCCUUUCUUUGAAGCCAAAGGUCAGUGACAACAUGACUCAUUUAAUGGUGGAUUUUUCUCAGGAGAGACAGAUGCUGCAGACUUUGAAGUUUCUGCCAGUCCCCAAAGCUCCAGAGAUAGAUCCGGUAGAGUGUUUGGUGGCUGACAACUCUGUCACAGUAGCUUGGAGAAUGCCAGAAGAAGAUAAUAAGAUUGACCAUUUUAUACUGGAAUAUAGGAAAACUAAUUUUGAUGGACUUCCACGUGUAAAGGAUGAGCGAUGCUGGGAAAUUAUUGAUAAUAUUAAGGGUACUGAAUAUACACUAUCAGGCUUAAAGUUUGAUUCAAAGUAUAUGAAUUUCAGAGUGCGAGCCUGUAACAAGGCUGUGGCUGGAGAGUAUUCUGAUCCAGUGACUCUAGAGACCAAAGCACUUAACUUCAGUUUGGAUAACUCAUCAUCCCAUUUGAACCUGAGAGUUGAAGAUACCUGUGUAGAGUGGGAUCCUACUGGAGGAAAAGGUCAAGAAAAAAUUAAGGGAAAAGAGAACAAGGGCAGUGUCCAUGUUACUUCACUGAAGAAACAUACAAGAAGUGGUACACCGUCCCCUAAACGGACAUCUGUGGGCUCCAGGCCACCAGCAGUAAGAGGCAGCAGAGAUCGUUUUACUGGGGAAUCAUACACAGUGCUGGGAGACACUGCUAUUGAAAGUGGACAACAUUAUUGGGAGGUCAAGGCCCAGAAGGAUUGUAAAUCCUACAGUGUAGGAGUAGCAUACAAGACUUUGGGGAAAUUUGACCAAUUAGGAAAGACAAACACUAGUUGGUGUAUCCAUGUCAACAACUGGCUACAAAACACAUUUUCAGCAAAGCAUAAUAAUAAAGUCAAAGCCUUGGAUGUUACUGUUCCUGAGAGAAUAGGUGUAUUUUGUGAUUUUGAUGGGGGUCUACUUUCUUUCUAUGAUGCAAACUCAAAACAGUUGUUGUAUUCCUUUAAGACAAAAUUUACUCAGCCAGUACUACCUGGUUUCAUGGUUUGGUGUGGUGGACUUUCUUUGAGUACUGGGAUGCAGGUUCCAAGUGCUGUGAGAACACUUCAGAAAAGUGAAAAUGGAAUGACUGGUUCCACUAGCAGCCUGAACAAUGUUACCCAGUAAUGCCUACUCAGAAUACGUUUACCCCCCCGUUUGAUUGGGUGGCUUUUCUGUGGAGUUACUAAUCACAGAAACUUGAGUGGUGGAAAUCAGAUUUGCUAUGUUCUGCUUUAAGGCCUGGAGUCUUUUAGUGUUAAGCAUCUAGUAUGAAGCAUUCACAGGAAUCUACUGUGCAAUAUCAUAGAAGCAAGCAGAUAUCAAGCGAGAAACUAAUGUUUGAAGAGUAAAUGGGAAAAAAGGCAGUGUUUAAAUAGUUACAUAGAAGCUCAUUUUUGCUUUUCUUGGAUUACUUUGGCUCUUCUAAUAUGUUUAGUUACAUACGGUAGCCCUGGGGCCUGAGGUGAAAAGCAUUUAAAUCUUGCCUUCUUUCUUCUAUACUUACUCUUUUUUUAUC